CAUGAUGAUCUUUGUUUGGGUCGGCGGCCAGCUGCUGCUGGCUGUGGUGUUCCUGCUGGUGCUCGUGUUCAUAGUCUGGGCCCUGGCUUGGAUCAUGAUUCUCAAGAGGAUUCCGGUUCUCCACGAAUUCGUCACCAACCUGGCCUCUUCGUCAGUCGACGAGACGCCGAAGCCGCCGGUCUUGCCACGACGGGGAAAGUUCAUCAUCCGAUGAAGCGCACAAGCCAGACGGGCACGCCCGCGAUCCGGUCGCGAUCCUUCGCAGCGCAGUGUUGCCGAGAAAAUACAGCGCACGCUCCAAACUUCCCGG